AGCCGGGAAAAAAACCCCCAAAAAAACAUCGGUGGUCCAGAGUUGCUGCGAGUCCAGUUGUUUUCACACUAGCACAAAAGAACUGAGCGCUGCCGUUGCAAAGAGAUGAGCAAAUAAAAAGCGACUACAGAUAGUAGAUAGUAGCUAACCAUAGAAAGAGAAGGGGAAAUCAAGAGGAGAGUUUUUGGACGAAUACCAGAUUCGAAAAAACAAAAAAUUCAAUCAAAAAUAAAAAGCGAACAUGGUGUCGGCCGGGCUGGAGAUUCUGGGACUGUCGCUGUGCGUCGUCGGCUCUCUACUGGUGAUGGUAGCGUGCGGUCUGCCCAUGUGGAAGGUGACCGCGUUCAUCGAGGCCAACAUCGUGGUGGCGCAAACCAUCUGGGACGGCCUGUGGAUGUCGUGCGUGGUGCAGAGCACCGGCCAGAUGCAGUGCAAGGUGCACGACUCGGUGCUCGCCCUCAGCCACGACCUGCAGGCGGCCCGGGCGCUCACCAUCAUCUCAUCGGUGAUGGGCGUGCUGGGGCUCAUGGUGGUGAUCGCCGGAGCGCAGUGCACCAACUGUAUCCGCAACGAGUACGUGAAGGCGCGGGUGGUGAACGCUGGCGGGGUGAUCUACAUCAUCAGCGGGCUCUUCGUGUUGGUGCCCCUGUGCUGGAUGGCCAACAACAUCAUCUCGGACUUCUACAACCCGCAGGUGCCCGGCGCCAAGAAGAGGGAGAUCGGCGCCGCGCUGUACAUCGGCUGGGCAGCCACCGCGCUGCUGCUGAUCGGCGGCGCAGUGCUGUGUUGCUCCUGCCCAGCCGGUGGGAACACGGGAUACUCGGUCAAAUACGCGCCCACCAAGAGAGCCACGCCGAACGGGGACUAUGACAAAAGGAAUUACGUGUAGCCACACACAGACUUUUUUUUUUUUUUUUUUUUUUUUUUUGCACCUGCCUAUUUUUCCUCGAUUCAUUCAAUAAAUUGGACCAUGUUUUUCUAUCUUCAGGACUUGCAUUCCCCCCCCCCCCUUGACUCAUUCAGUAAGCUGGACCAUGUGUCUCUAUCUGCUUUUCCCAUUUUUGUAUUUUUUGGGGGGGGGGGGGGGGGGGGGGACCUACAACUAAUACCGACAAAAAGGACUACAGUAUCUUUGUUAGGUACAUGCUUUUGUAAGUUUUAUUUUUCAUGAUUGUUUUUUUUAUUUUUGGUAGAACUCAUGCCAUUGACAACACGUACUUUGCCUGCCAACCUGUACAGUAACAAAAACAAAACAAACAAAAAAAAGAAAUUGCACUCCUUCAUAAAUGUUGACAUGAAAACAUGUAUACGAAGUGUGUCAGAAAAGUUCCAUCAUAUAUUUUAAACCCAAACCAAGACGUUUUCCCCUUCGGUGUGGCCAGAUGAUAAAGCAGCGCAUUUACGGCGGCAUUUGCUUGGUUCAGUGCGCGAGAAGAGGCACCUGCUCACAAUGCCCUGAGCAUCCAAAAGAUCCUGGCCCAGAAGAACAUCGCCUACACUGUAGCAACCUCCCGACUCACCCGACCUGGCUAGGUGUGACAUUUUUUCCUCAUCGAGAUGGCCGUGACGACAGCGCUGUGGACGAUUCCUGGAAGAAUCCUUCCAGAGGUGCACCAAGGCGUGGCAGACAAGGGUGGGAAAGUGCAUUAUACUCCAGGGGGGAUAACUUCCGAGAGGAAAACAUGUCGUUUGGGUCUGACAUAUAUCUUUUGCGACCGCAGUCCUGGAACCUUUCUGACACACCUUGUAAUACUCAAGAAACUGCAUAUGUGCUGGGAUUGAUGACUGGGACAUUUCUGUCCAUUAUUCCAAGCACCUGCUGGCAUCGUGACCACCGCAGGUAGUCUCAUUUCAUUUCUUAAGUCCCUGGAAUUGUUUGCUUUUGUUGUUUGAUGUAGUGACUCACGAUUCCUGUAUAAGAUGCAGCAAUAUUGUUUCCCUUUUUAUUAAGAUUAAACUCACUAUAUUUGUCUGGAA